CUAAACGGGCUAAACCUUUGUAUUCGAACUCGCUAGCGAAAUUACCGUAGAUAAAUAAUCGCGUAUUUUCUGCAGUGUUCUCGUUUUUCUGGUGAGCAAACGUUUGGGAAAAAUAUGUCGAUUUUUUUUUCUUCUUCUGGCUCUUGGUGCGCGGCGUAAACAAAACAGUAGUCUCCGUGUCGGCGUUUCUCGCAGCUGUUUACGUGGUUCGUUUGAAACGUUUUCUCCGGACAGGUUGGCACAGAUGUGUGAUUGAUUGAGUAAUACGUGUGCCAAAAGGGGAUACAUUAGUGGUGACAGGGCAUCGUCAUGAGUGGUGCAAGAGCUAGGAGGGUGUGCGUUCUGGUGCUGGGAGACUUUGGCCACAGUCCCCGCAUGAACUAUCACUCCCUCUCGCUCGCCAAGGCGGGCUUUAAAGUGGAUGUCCUGGCUUACGGCGGAUCCCACCCCAGUGUCGAAGUCCUGGCCAAUGAGAACAUUGAGCUGUACCUCAUGAAGGAUCCACCAAACUUCCAAAGAUAUGUCCCGAGGCUCCUGGCAUACGUGUUCAAGACGCUUUGGCAGACGGUUGUCCUGCUGGCCUGUCUCUUCUGGCUUUCCAGACCUAGUCAUCUUCUAGUCCAAAAUCCGCCAUCCAUUCCAACACUCCCUGUGGCCUGGCUGUACUGCCUCCUCCGCGGCUGCGUCCUGGUGGUCGACUGGCACAACUACGGCUACUCCAUACUGGCACUUGCCCUAAAGGAAACGCAUCCUCUCGUCCGAGCCUGCCGCUUUUGUGAGAAGACGUUUGGGAGGAAGGCCGGCUCCGCCUUUUGCGUCUCGGAGGCCAUGCAAGAGGACCUUCGUUCCAACUGGGGUGUCCGGGCACAGGUUCUGUAUGACAAGCCAGCCGCAGUGUUCCGCCCAACCAGUCCGACGGAGCUGCAUCCGCUGUUCCAACGGUUGGCGCGGGAAUUCCCAGAGCUGCGGAGCUCCCUUUCGGAGAAACAGGGAAGGGGUGACGGCGAACCUGACGACGACUACUCUCGGACCGUCUUCACCCAGGAAGGAGGUUCUGGUUCCAGUUCCGGUUCACUGAGGCCGGACCGUCCUGCCCUGCUCGUGAGCGGAACUAGCUGGACAGAGGAUGAAGAUUUUUCUGUGCUCCUGGAAUCUCUCGAAGCUUACGACGCCAAAAAGGAGCGGGGGGACAGCAGCCUGCCCAACCUUUUCUGCGUCAUAACGGGGAAGGGGCCGAUGAAGGAUCACUACCUAGCCAAGAUCCGAGCCAAGCCGAUGAAGCAUGUCCAGUUCCUUGCUCCUUGGUUGUCGGCUCAGGACUACCCGAAACUGCUUGGCGCAGCUGACUUGGGCGUCUGCCUCCAUACGUCCUCGAGCAAACUGGACCUGCCCAUGAAAGUUGUGGACAUGUUCGGCUGCGGACUGCCCGUCUGCGCCGUCGACUACCCCUGCAUUCAAGAGUUGGUGAAGCCUGGAGAGACUGGGCUUGUGUUCCAGUCGAGCGAAGAGCUUUGCGACCAACUCUGUGAUCUGCUGAAGGGCUUUCCGGAGAUGACGGAGCGUCUGAAGUCCAUGCGAGAGAACGUCCAUCGUUGGCAGACGGUCCGCUGGGACGACAACUGGACCAGGGUUGCCCUGCCGACUUUUGCAUCCGAAUAGGGAAGUCAGCUAUAUCGGGUUACUUUCAUGUGUUUUUUUUUCUUUCAUGUUUUUUUUUUCUUCUUUAUUUUGUGGGACCAAGAGAAGUGUAUGUUUGAAAGAGUCGCCAAUAAACAUGAGUUCAUCAGCA